AUGCCCAUGCGUUUGGUAUGGAUUGACUACGGUCUGCCCAUGAAAAAUGUUCAUGCUAUCAUAUCCCUUCCCUCUUUCCUCCCCAUCUUUCCUCCUCAACUUCAAGUUUUCCCUCUCCUCACCUAUCCUGCUCUUCCCCCACCGCCCCAGCCCCAUUGGCUAGAGACAAGGGAUUCGUGUUGUCAGCUUCUACCUCUCGCCCUCCACUCUCUCCCCCUCAGACACACUCCCUUUCUCCCCCCAUUGCCCCUCUCGCCCCCCUGCCGCAGCCCCAUGUUUGUGCUGCCAGUGGCAAGAGACAAGGGAUUUGUCACCAUGCUCGCACAAGCUCAGAUGCCCCACCUCCUCUUCACCGGUUUGGAGGACUUCAAAGUCCGAGGCCCCUCUGCAGCACCGUUCUUUACAGUCACACACUACCCAGACCUAGCAGCUGAGAAAGGGGUGGUUCUGGUUCGAGGAGAUGUGGUUCUGCCAAACAAGCUUAGCGAUGAUGAGGCUCGGGUGCUUCUUAAAGACUUGCACUCUUUCUAUGCUGACGACUCGCGCUAUCGGCAUGUAGAGGCGUUCAAUAAGCGGCCCGAGGAGUUUGAUUAUCGUGCUGUUGUCAGGGCACUCGGAAUUGUUGCUGCCGGCUGGUAG